GUGAUCUGCACAACAACAUAACAAAGUGGGGAAAAGAUGGCGAGCGGGGAGGAGGCCAGACGCCCCUCCGUUUCCUCCUCUUCGGUCGGUCUUGAGGCCUUGUUCCCAGGCGGGGAAUCUGAACAACCGUGCGGAGAUGGGAACCCGGAGCUAGUGGAACUUCGUGAAUGGCUCCAAGGCUGGCUGUCGCAGUAUGAGCCCGUGGUGUUGUGGGUGCAGAGGCUACUCGUCUGGGAGAGGCCCUUGUACAGCAUCAUUGCUGCCCUCACGCUUAAUACCAUGUUCUGGCUCUUGUCGUCCACCUCUUUGCGUCCACUAUUUCUUUUGAGUGUCUCUCUCCUUGGUCUCAUACUCCUGGAAAGAUGGAAAGAUAAACUUCCAAAAAUGACUGUCCGCGAUCCCGAUGCUGCCACUGUUGAAAGGGAGACCAUGACUGUGCAACCUCGUCUAUUGAGCGUGGCCGAACUUAGCCAUCACCUGGCAGAGAGUUACGUGACCUGCAGUCUGUACAUCGAGGAGAUGCUCCAGUUCAAACGGCAAAACCAUGGCAAGUUUUGUGCCAUGAUGUGCUGUGGCUGUUUAGUGUUGGCUAUGGUCGGUCACUACGUUCCAGGAAUCAUGAUUUCGUACAUCGUCGUGUUGAGUGUGUUGCUUUGGCCACUGGUUGUGUAUCACGAGCUGAUCCAGAGGAUGUACACUGGCCUGGAGCCCAUUCUGAUGAAGCUGGACUAUAGCAUGAAGGGGGACACCCAGCAUCGCAAACACGACAAGCGCAAGGUGAAGAAGGAGUCCGAAGAGGGCGAUGAGCCGCGAGCUGAGACGGAGAGCGAGAGCGAGGAGGAGCUCUCCUGCUUCGCUCCGACGGUGGAUGUGAAGACCACAGCAUUGGCCAUGGCCAUCACAGACUCCGAGCUCUCCGACGAGGAGGCGAGUAUCCUAGAGAGCGGAGGAUUCUCUGUGUCCAGAGCCACCACCCCACAGCUGACCGAUGUCUCUGAAGACCUGGACAGGCAGAGCAUGAAUAGUGAACCAGAGGAAACGUUCUCUAGAGAUCUUCCCGAGUUCCCUUCUGUGGACGAGUUCCCUUCCAUGGAGCACGGUUUGUUCCACUUCCCCCUGGGCGCCUCCGCACCGGCAGAGGGUUCCACGGCGGAACACUCAGAGACGGACUCCCAAAGCGCCGCCAGCCUGCUCCUCCAACAUUUAGCGUCCCCCCUCCAUUUUGUCAACACCCAUUUUAACGGGCACAGCAAGCUGGCCAGCGCCAGCCAGGCUGCUGCGGUCGGACCAGCGAAGGUAGUGGAGGAAGAGGAGGUCGCCGACGAAGGAGAGGUGACCCCAGAGGCUCCCGGCCCCAGCCGCUCUCUGGAGGCGCUGAGCGAGGAGAUCGUGAGCACGGCCAUCUCGACCGUGGUCCAGAACACACUGUCGGCCCUGCUGCGCACCACUGAGGCCAUGGAGGCGCCGUGCAUGGAGGAGUUCAUGCCCACCGAAAUGCCCCCGUGCCCCAUGGAGUCCACCCUGGAAAGCCCUGACAGUGCCGCCACCACCACCGCCUCUUCUGCCCUUCACCACCACACAUCCCCUCUCAGCGGUGAGGAGGAAGAGGAGGAGGAGGAGGAGGAUGUGACCGGUGAAGCCAGCGCAGAAGAACUGCCGGACGUCACACUCAUGCCGGCCGAGGAGGAGGACUUUGAGCUUCUGGACCAAAGCGAACUGGAGAUGAUGGACGAAGGCUUGGGUUUGGGCCUUGACGGACAGGGUGUGGGUACAACAGCCUCACAACAGCCAGACACACCAGCAAGUGGCGAUCAGCACCCUCAAAUGUCCUAGCUUCCUAUGCCAUCCCACGAUCCCCUGUUCACCCUUCUUGCCUGUACUAAAAUGCUCCUUUUAUUUAUAGUUUUAUGUAGAUACACCAUAUAUACCAACAUAUACACUUACAGAUGGGGUCUAAAGAUCAGGCACAGUCAGUUAGUCCUUUGUGUGUGCGCUCGCGUGUGUGUGUGCGUGCGUGCGUAUGUGUGUUUGUAUGUGUGUGUUUGUGUGGUUUUGAAAGUGGGAAAUCACUGUGACUGACCUGGGUCUGUAGUAUGAAGACAUUUAAUAUGUGACCCAUUUUACGUUUUGUGUGCUCUUGAGGUGCCCCAUUGUUUCUAUUGGAGAAAAAACAAACAAAAAAACAGAAGUUUCAGCUCUUCACUGGCAGCGUCAUGUUGGUGUUCAUUGUGUAGAAUUGGAACCAGAACUUGGCGGUUGUUGCCCCCUUAGAAUUAUAAGGUUGUAUCUGACAUUUUUAUAACAAUUGAGUUAUUUACAUUCUUAUUCUGUGACAACUUCAUAAGGUGAGGUCAGGUGUUUCUUGAAUAUACGCAUUUUUUGGACAUUAUAUCUAACCAGAGUUGUUCAACGUAUCAGUAUAACUCUAUGGAAUUCUAAAACUUUGAAGCUCAAAACUCAGAACAGAUAUAAACGUAUAACUCCAGUGGGAUGCAAUGUAGCAGCUCAAGUGGUUUCCAAAGCCCCCUCAGAAUGGACACCAUCAUCUUUGCAAUCUAGUGGUCUGACAGGUUUUUUUUUAAUUAUUGUUUUUAAACAACACUGUGGCCUGAUUGUCUCAGGUUGGAAGUAUGUGGCAUUGAACCAGUCCUUUCUUGUCCCGACGGUUGUCUUUGGGGUUUUUUUUUUUUUUGUAUCUGGUUGUGAUCCUGAGCUGAGGAAUAGGUGUUUAUAAAUACUAAACAGGGGAACAACACAAGCAAACUGAGGUGAUCAUGUGUGGUGUGAUUGGUGAGGUGUGAUUGGUGCUCACGGAAAUGGAAUUGGAUCCCUGAUGUUACAUGUUAACAAUUUUAAUGUUCUUUUUUUUAAUAGAGCUGAAAUAAUAUAAAUAUACAGAUGAAUAUAUGAAUACAACUAUAUAAAUGUGUACACAUAUAUUUUAUUUUAUCCCUUGAGGUCAGUAUAUUGGGAUGUUUUAUUUAAAAGGUGUGGUCAGUGUAAUCUAGUAAGAGGAAGACAACCCUCCCAAACCUUUUUUAAUUAUUAUUUUCAGAACAUCAUACCAAUAUUCAGCUGUCAUUAUUAAAACUAGACUGGCACAGUUUGAACAUAGUCUUGUUUGCUUUGCAUGGAGGACAGUGGUGUGAAUUGACCGACAAAUGACAAUCCCUCGCCAUCAACUGUCAAAUAAGAACAGAUGGGGAGGGGCCUUUUGCAGUAGACAUACAGUUUAUGCUCUGUAUGCAUCUCCUAUAGCACUUAAACAGAGGAAGAUGACUGUUUUGUUAUUGCAGUAUAAUCUUAUUUUAAAACAAAAAUCAUAAUUAUACUUAACAGUAGUAUGGCAACAACGACCACCACCAAUGUUCCAAUGGCCCCCCCACCCCACCCUCCCAAUCAUGUUUACUGACGUGAGCUUGUUGCUAAUGGCUUAAGAAUGGGAAAAGAACAUUGGAUACAAUCAGGUUUCAAUCAUAAUCCCAUCAAAGUAGAGGCACGUUUUGACCUGCCUUUAACCCACCUCUUCAGAGACGUGGAAUAGUACAAUUAAAUUAAGCAUUGUUGUCAUUCAUCCUGAUGUUUUCUAUUCAUCAUGAAUUAAAGUGCUUCUUAAUUUUAUGUCCUAUUUUGUGUUCCAUCCCUAUGGUCCAUUGUGCAUGAUAUUGGGAUAGCAAAAGGCACUUAUGUACACCACUCUGGUUUGUGUUUGCUUUUUGUUUAUGGAGCUGUAUUGAAGGCCUUUUGAGUCAAGCAUGGGAUGGUUAACAGUAGACAUUUUCAUUGAAUAUACCUCUGUUCAUUCCUAGAUCAUGUGAUCUGACAGGCAUUUUUUACAACCCCUAUAUAUUGGAUAUCAGUGCUUUGGUUUGCCUUCAACAAUUCUGUAUUUUUAUUAUAUAUCUCAAGCUAUGAUUAUUUUAGUGGUAGAAUAACCACUCAAAAUGUCCUUGAUUUGGCAUAGUUAACUAUGAAUAACCAAACUUGAUUUUACGAGUGAAACUAAAAGUAACAUUUUAAGUUCAAGAAAACUUUUGUAAUGUUCACAUGCCACCCUUCACUGAAAAAGUUCCUGAAAUGAUAUUGAGACUGCCAAUUGGCCAUUCUACAUGGUAGAUGCUUUGGUUUGUAUUCAUAUUCAAGAGAAUGUUAAAACUGCUUAAUGUACAUGAGUAUGUAAAAUCAACUAAAAAAACCUACAGUAUGUUUUUCAAAAGCAAAUUUUCAACUGUCAUGUUCUGUACUAUAGAAAUGUAUGUGUUUGCUCAUGCUUUUACUGCUUCUUGACCUAUAAAGGCACUUAAAUAUUCA